CAUGAGCUAUCACUCAUAGAAUAAGUCAUCACUCAUAUUACGAGUAUUUAUCAAGAAUCAAAAUACAAUCGAACUAUUUAUAUUAAUCGUGCGCUUAUCUCGUUUCACCAACAAAAUUCGCGAAUAUGCUGUAAUGUGCAAAAACCAUUAUCUGUAUCAUGCGUUUCGUAGACUGCGAUUGCGUGAAGAUAAAAACAUAUCAACUUUUUUAACUUCUAAGUGGUAAAGCCAUAUCCAUUAAUUAAAAUGUGUGAGUGUAUUAUUUGAUUGUGAAAAUGGAGAACACUAACGAGGUCGUUAAGGUUGAGGAUCCCAGUGGACAGAAAAAGGAAGUGUCGAGUGGCUCGCAAAAGAAAUGUUUAAUUUGUGGUGAUAAAGCUUUAGGUUACAAUUUCAAUGCUAUAUCCUGCGAGAGUUGUAAAGCAUUCUUCCGUCGAAAUGCGCUCACGAACAAAGAGUUCAAGUGUCCUUUCUCGAACAAUUGUGAAAUAACUGUCGUUACGCGUCGGUUCUGCCAGAAAUGUCGCCUGGAAAAGUGUCUAGCAGUGGGUAUGGUGAAGGAGUUCAUCAUGUCGGAGGAGGACAAAGCUGAGAAGAGACGAAAAAUAGAAGAGAACAGAGCGAGAAAACGUCAGAUGUUGGAGUGCGAGGAUACAGUGUCUAGUUCUAAGAUGAGAAAAGAAGAAAUGCCUGCGCAGGAGUCGGUUCAAUACGACACUUUGAAUAGUACGACGUGUAGUCCGCACAGUACCGUGCAGUCUCCGCUGAGCACUGACAUGGAAUGUUCAUUGAGCUCUCCUCCAUUUUACCCUUACCCACAAGUGCACAGUACCAACACUCAGUACAACCUAAAGGUGAACCCGAUAGAUGAAAAGACGAUAAUCAACAGGACGGUGUAUGAGCAGCGACUGUUGGAACAGCAGUACCAGAGUGAGUCGGCUGACAGUAUGUAUGCCGAUCCACCUAAACAAAAUAGUAUAAGGUCUAUAUUGACGAACGGUGAUACCAUGGUGCACAAUGAAGCUAGUGCCGAGCAUGUUUGUGAAGAUUUGCCGUCCACCAGCAAUGAGGCUGAUGUCAAUAAGGCUAGAGAGAUACUACAGGAUGUCGAGAGGAUCGAACCAAACUCGAUGGAGUCGAUACUGUGCGAGGCGAUAAAAUUGGAGUUCGAAGCGUACACCUCGCUGAACAACUGCAGCGGUUCAUCGCGAGAACUUAAUGAGAAAAUCAACGCAUUUAAGAAUAUGUGCGAAGAGGACCAGGUGGCGCUGUUGAAGGGCGGCUGCAUAGAGAUGCUGGUGCUGCGGAGCGCCAUGACGUACGAUGGCGAAAGGAACCAGUGGAAGCUGCCGCACAGCCAGUCGCGGUUCGGCAGCAUCCGCACGGAGGUGCUGAAGCUGGCGCCGGGCGACAUCUACCGCUCGCACGAGGCCUUCAUCCGCUCGUUCGCGGCCGCGCACCGCACCGACGAGCACGUCAUCCUCAUCAUGUCCGCCAUCCUGCUGUUCAGCCCCGACCGCGCCAAGGUGGUGCACCGCGACGUCAUCAAGCUGGAGCAGAACUCCUACUACUACCUGCUGCGGCGGUACCUCGAGAGCAUAUACCCCGGAUGCGAAGCCAAAUCCACUUUCCUGAAACUCAUCCAGAAGACGGUGGAGCUCAGGAGGUUCGCAGCCGAGGUCACCGGUGUGUAUCUGGACGUGAACCCCAUAGAACCACUCCUCAUGGAGAUAUUCGACCUGAAACACCACCCGGCUUAGGUUAAGCACAGGUUGCUGCGGUCGGCUGAUUGAUGGGUGCUCAUUUCAUAGUACAGUUAGCGAAUGAUUAAGUAAUAUAGAAGUGUUUAUGAAUAGUCAGCGAAAAAUACUAGUCAUAAACACUUGAAACGUUUAUAAAAAUGUUGAUUUAGAGUUUAUUUGUUUAUUGUCUCGGUGCCGCAUGGGGAGGGGGGGGAGUUUAAUAUAUAAUGCUGGUUAAUUAUUGUCUAUUUGGUUAAUUUUGUUAUGGUAGACGAGCUAGUAUUGGUUUAAAGUAUAAUUCAAUUUUAACCGACGUUCAAGAAAACGAAGGGGGUUCUUCUACUUUUAUUUUGUUACUCGAUGAGUCCGUGGGUGGUAGGAAAUUGUUGUUUUGUAGAAAAAAUCGCUUUUUGGAAAUUGUUGAGAGAUUCUUAUUGUUUAAACCAUUGGUUUAUAUUAAAUUGUAUAUAUUCCCUUAUAUCUGUUGAGAAUUAUCAUUCAAUUGUCAAUUUUAUUAAUUGUACGCUUAAAAAAAUCCACUUCGCGUACAGAUUUUUCUUUUACAU